GAGAGGAGAGUCUCCGUUGCACCUGCUUUCAUUUCGAGGCACAAGCGACCCGUGACUUGUUGUCACACCAUUGUUUCCCACAGCCACAGCAUUCCUUCCAAUCCUCCAUUUUCCAGGCUUUCAAGAACGACUCGCCUCGCUGAUCUUAGGUGCAUUGCUUGUCUUCCAGCGAACAAUGGCUGAUGCGAAGCCCCAGUCGACCCUUCAGCUCGGCGAGGUCACCGCUGACAAGCUAGCGGAGUACAACGGCUCAGAUCCGUCGAAACCCAUCCUCGUGGCCCUCAAAGGUGUCAUCUACGACGUGACGUCAGCAAGCUCGUUCUACGGCCCAGAUGGUCCGUACGCGAUCUUCGCAGGCAAAGACGCGAGCAGGCCGCUCGCCACGAUGAGCAUGGGGGACGUCGGGGGGUCACUUGAUGGCCUGACUGAGAAACAGCUCAAGACGCUCGACGACUGGGUGGAGACAUUCGCAAGGAAGUACCCUGUAGUAGGAAAGCUGAUCUAGAGUCUAGACACGCAAAGCCGCGUUUCCUUCCCAUAACUCUCAAGCAUGAUAACAUUUUUCCAUGUACAUUCCUCGACGACUAUAAUCGCCUGCAACAUUCCGUUGUACUUCAUUGAUGCUGUAGAAUGGAAUGCAUCAAUGCGUGCAGAGGCUGUUCUUGCAUAACCAUGUCAUCAACCCCACAGCAACAGGCGGGUAGCCUUGUGAGCGGUUUAUUUGUCUUUGCUCAUAUGAAAUGGUCAUGGAACCUAGUAUUCUUG